UCUAAUAGGCAAGGUGUGUACUAAGAGAUUUUAAAAGCACCUGAGAAGAGCAAUCACAAGUCGUGACGAUUCCAAGUUCACAGAAGCCCAAGGGAUUUUGACAUUUCUCCAAGGAGUUAGCCAGAAGAGAUCCUCGCCGGUUGAGUUUAGAUGGAAGAGAACAGUAAGAAGGACCAUCGGGCUUUGCUCAACCAGGGAGAGGAGGAUGAACUGGAGGUGUUUGGUUACCGGGACCACAAUGUACGGAAAGCCUUCUGCCUUGUCGCAUCCGUGCUGACCUGUGGGGGCCUUCUGCUGGUGUUCUACUGGAGACCCCAGUGGAGAGUGUGGGCCAACUGCAUCCCAUGCCCCUUGCAAGAAGCAGACACUGUUUUGCUGAGGACAACAGACGAAUUUCAAAGAUAUAUGAGGAAGAAGGUAUUCUGCCUCUACUUAUCCACACUGAAGUUUCCUGUAAGCAAGAAGUGGGAAGAAUCCCUGGUGGCUGACCGCCACUCUGUCAUAAACCAAGCCUUAAUAAAGCCAGAAUUAAAACUGCGAUGCAUGCAAGUGCAGAAAAUCAGGUAUGUUUGGAACGACCUGGAGAAGCGGUUUCAGAAAGUUGGGUUGCUAGAAGACAGCAAUUCCUGCUCUGACAUCCAUCAGACAUUCGGAUUGGGUCUGACCAGUGAAGAGCAAGAGGUCAGAAGAUUAGUGUGUGGGCCCAACGCCAUUGAGGUUGAAAUCCAACCAAUAUGGAAGCUGCUUGUUAAACAGGUUUUAAAUCCAUUCUAUGUGUUCCAAGCCUUCACCCUAACUUUGUGGCUGUCUCAAGGUUACAUAGAAUACUCUGUGGCCAUCAUCAUUUUGACUGUUAUCUCCAUUGUCUUAAGUGUGUAUGAUUUGCGACAGCAAUCGGUUAAGCUGCAUAACCUCGUGGAGGACCACAACAAAGUCCAGGUUACAAUCAUUGUAAAAGACAAAGGUUUGGAAGAGCUGGAAUCCCGUCUCUUGGUUCCCGGAGACAUUCUUAUUCUUCCAGGAAAAUUUUCAUUGCCAUGUGAUGCUGUUUUGAUUGAUGGAAGCUGCGUGGUGAAUGAAGGCAUGCUUACAGGAGAAAGUAUACCUGUUACAAAGACACCAUUGCCCCAGAUGGAGAACACUAUGCCUUGGAAACGUCACAGUUUGGAGGAUUAUAGGAAACACGUCCUUUUCUGUGGAACAGAAGUUAUCCAGGUCAAGCCCUCUGGGCAGGGGCCUGUACGAGCAGUCGUUUUGCAAACAGGUUACAAUACAGCCAAAGGGGACUUAGUGAGAUCCAUCCUGUACCCCCGGCCUCUGAACUUCAAACUAUACAGCGAUGCCUUCAAGUUCAUCGUGUUCCUGGCCUGCCUUGGUGUCAUGGGUUUUUUCUAUGCCUUAGGGGUAUAUAUGUACCAUGGAGUUCCUCCAAAAGAUACUGUGACCAUGGCCCUGAUCCUCCUCACCGUGACUGUCCCUCCAGUGCUGCCAGCUGCCCUGACCAUAGGCAACGUGUAUGCUCAGAAGAGACUGAAGAAAAAGAAAAUCUUCUGUAUCUCCCCACAGAGAAUCAACAUGUGUGGGCAAAUAAACCUCGUGUGCUUUGACAAAACUGGCACUCUCACUGAAGAUGGGCUGGACCUCUGGGGGACUGUCCCUACUGCUGACAACUGCUUCCAGGAAGCCCACAGCUUUGCCUCGGGCCAGGCUGUGCCAUGGGGCCCACUGUGUGCGGCCAUGGCCAGCUGCCACUCUCUCAUCCUUCUCCAUGGGACCAUCCAGGGAGACCCUCUGGACCUCAAAAUGUUUGAGGGCACUGCCUGGAAAAUGGAAGAUUGCAACGUAGACUCCCGCAAAUUUGGGACGUCAGUUUCAAACAUCAUAAAACCAGGACCAAAAGCCAGUAAGAGUCCAGUGGAAGCCAUCAUCACCUUGCGCCAGUUUCCAUUUUCCUCGAGCCUGCAGAGGAUGUCCGUGGUCGCUCAGCUAGCUGGGGAGAAUCAUUUCCAUGCCUACAUGAAGGGUGCCCCAGAAAUGGUGGCCAGGUUCUGCAGAUCUGAAACAGUGCCCAAGAAUUUCCCACAGGAACUGAGGAGUUACACGGUGCAAGGCUUCCGUGUCAUUGCUCUUGCCCACAAAACUUUAAAGAUGGGGAAUCUUUCAGAAGUGGAGCACUUAGCCAGAGAAAAAGUGGAGUCAGAGUUAACAUUUCUGGGACUUCUCAUCAUGGAGAAUCGCUUGAAAAAAGAAACCAAACUGGUCUUGAAGGAACUGAGUGAGGCCCGUAUCAGGACUGUGAUGAUUACAGGUGAUAACCUUCAAACGGCCAUUACUGUUGCAAAGAAUUCAGAAAUGAUCCCUCCAGGCAGCCAAGUGAUCAUUGUUGAAGCCAAUGAACCAGAAGAAUUUGUUCCUGCCUCUGUGACCUGGCAGCUGGUGGAGAACCAAGAGACUGGACCUGGGAAGAAAGAAACCUACAUGCACACUGGAAACAGUUCAACCCCUCGUGGGGAAAGAGGAAGCUGUUACCAUUUUGCAAUGAGUGGGAAAUCAUACCAAGUGAUAUUUCAGCAUUUCAACAGCUUGCUUCCAAAAAUUCUGGUGAACGGAACAGUUUUUGCAAGAAUGUCUCCUGGGCAGAAAUCAAGCCUUAUUGAAGAAUUUCAGAAAUUAAAUUAUUAUGUGGGCAUGUGUGGAGAUGGAGCUAACGACUGUGGGGCUUUGAAAGUGGCUCAUGCAGGCAUUUCAUUAUCAGAGCAGGAAGCAUCUGUGGCAUCCCCUUUUACCUCUAAAACAACCAACAUCCAGUGUGUGCCUCAUCUCAUCAGAGAAGGCCGAGCUGCUCUGGUUUCAUCCUUUGGAGUAUUUAAAUACUUGACCAUGUACGGCAUAAUCCAGUUUAUCAGUGCAUUACUGCUCUAUUGGCAACUACAACUCUUUGGAAAUUACCAGUAUCUCAUGCAAGAUGUAGCCAUUACUUUGAUGGUCUGUUUAACAAUGAGUUCAACUCAUGCCUACCCAAAGCUGGCUCCAUAUAGACCGGCAGGACAGCUCCUUUCUCCCCCUUUACUGCUUUCAAUAUUUUUGAAUUCCUGUUUCUCCUGCAUUGUGCAGAUCAGUGCAUUUCUCUAUGUGAAGCAGCAGCCUUGGUAUUGUGAGGUCUACCAAUACAGUGAGUGUUUUCUGGCCAACCAAAGUAAUUUUUCAACAAAUGUGAGUUUGGAAAGAAACUGGACUGGAAAUGCAACUCCGAUUCCUGGUUCAAUUUUAAGUUUUGAGACCACCACACUGUGGCCCAUCACCACCAUCAACUAUAUCACAGUAGCAUUCAUCUUUUCUAAGGGAAAGCCAUUUCGAAAGCCCAUCUAUACAAACUAUAUAUUUUCAUUUCUGCUGCUAGCUGCCUUGGGCCUCACAAUUUUCAUUCUGUUUUCUGACUUUCAAGUUAUAUACCGUGGAAUGGAGUUGAUCCCAACCAUAACAUCGUGGAGGGUUUUAAUUUUGGUGGUAGCCCUCACCCAAUUCUGUGUGGCUUUCUUUGUAGAGGAUUCCAUCCUUCAAAAUCAUGAACUCUGGCUGUUGAUCAAAAGAGAAUUUGGAUUCUACUCUAAAAGUCAAUAUAGGACUUGGCAAAAGAAGCUAGCAGAAGACUCAACCUGGCCUCCCAUAAACAGGACAGAAUAUUCAGGUGAUGGCAAAAAUGGAUUCUACAUCAACGGAGGCUAUGAAAGCCAUGAACAGAUUCCAAAAAGAAAACUCAAAUUGGGAGGCCAACCCACAGAACAGCAUUUUUGGGCCAGGCUGUAAUCAGAAUUGUUGUCGUACAUGCUGAACAGCAUUGCUUUUUUCCCCAAAAUUAACACAUUGUGGAGAAGUGAUGAUACUCUCCCCUUACCUUUCCUCUCUCCAUUCAAGCAUUCAAAGUAUAUUUUCAAUGAAUUAAACCUUGCAGCAAGGGACCUUAGAUAGGCUUAUUCUGAUUGUAUGCUUUACCAAUGAGAGAAUAAAAUGCAUUUCCUGUAUCAUGCUUUUCAAUAAACUGUAUUCAUUUUGCAUAGCAUUAUUUUGUUUAAAAUGAGCAGCUUUCAUGGUACUAUAGUCAAAUUAGUAGUAUGAACAUCAAUGGAAAAAAGAAAAAUUGAGGCAACAUUUGGUCUUUGA